AUGAAGUUACGGGAGGGUCAGGUCAUGAGUGGUGAAAAUGCCCAAGAAGCGAGAGGGUUAAGAGAUCGACAAACACAGGUCGAUGAGAGUUGUUUCAGCUACUUGAAAGUAGGGGAUGCUGCGUCAUCUAGAGAAAUGAAUGGGAGUGUGAUGGAAGAUGUUCAUAUGGAGGUGGAGAAUGAUGAGAAUAAAAGUGAUUCAGUCAGAAUUGGAGAGAAAGCGUUUGAGAACAACUCCAGGAGAAUCAUGGUAAACACAAAGAAAACCCCAGUACAGAAGUGUCCCAUGUGUGCACAUAAGACGGCGGAUAGAGAGGAGAUGAGGACACACCUGAUGAAUUGUGGACUGGCCACUAUGGAGAAGAACACCUUGCGUUGUGAGCAGUGUGACUUCAUUACGACAAGGAAGGCGUACCUGAAACGUCAUCAAAAGAGGCAUGAGGCGGUUACGGGACAAGGCAGUUCCCAGCGUGCUGGCGAUGAGGAAGCAGCUGGAACGUCCGUUGAUGACUGGCAGCAUCAAGACCCAGGGGACUUGAUUGUUUCCAGCUCCGAGGAUGAGGAUAUCGAGUCCUCUGACAGUGAAGUUGUCGAGAAAGACAAUGAGGAACUGCUAUCUGGAAGGAUCGUUAGAAAGAGAACGCAGCCUUCCCUGCCAAUCUCUUUGAAACGUCCACGGACGACUGGGGCAGCCCCAGAUCAAGCAGAGAAGCUCCAUCCUAAAGACAUUAGGAACACGAUACCCCAUGCGGUUACGGUUGCCAGUACCUCCAGGGUAAGGCAGGCACCGUUGAUGAAGACAGUGGCCGUACAAACCCUUCCUGUGCAGUCGAGGAGUACCGUCACCAAAACGACCAGAUACCCCGAGGGCGAAAAGUCCAUUGAGAUUGUCAAGUUCGAUGAAGUUCUCAAUUUGUGUCCUUGUUGUUCGAGGAGCCAGUAG